GGCACUUGCGCGUGCCGUCCACAUCUGCCAAGAGAGAUCUUCCAUCUGUUUUCAGAAAGAUGUGAACUCUUCUUCUGUCUUGUUAGAGCCCACCUGAGCAGCUCCUUUCCUGAGAAUAAGAACGACAAGCCAGGAGACAGGAAAGGAGAGCGUUCUCCACUUGCCAGGAUGCAGAAAUUGCUCUGGGAUUGCUGGGCAGCGCGUGCUCUUCACUGGUUACACGCCCUGCAGGAGCAGUCUCGCUCACGGCCAUGCGGGUAGCUGUGAUCGGAGCGGGGGUGAUUGGGCUCUCCACGGCCUUGUGCAUCCAUGACCAGUAUCACGCCAUCGUCCCGGCUCUGGAGAUCGAGGUCUACGCUGACCGAUACACACCACGCACCACCAGCGACGGUGCCGCCGGGCUGUGGCAGCCCUACCUGGAUGACAAGGGCAACAUUCAGGAAACGCUCUGGAACAAAGAGACGUUUGACUACCUGCUCGGACACCUUCGCUCCCCGGAAGCAGAGGAGAUGGGACUCUUCCCCAUGUCCGGCUACAACCUUUUCACACAGCCAGUCCCGGACCCAUCUUGGAAAAACAUUGUCCUGGGAUUUAGGAAGCUGACACCGAAAGAGCUUGAACUCUUCCCUGGCUACAGCUACGGUUGGUUCAAUACAGCACUGAUGCUAGAGGGCAAGAGCUAUUUGCCUUGGUUGACCAAGAGGCUCCAGCAGCGAGGAGUCAAGUUCUUUCAGAAGAAGAUCAGAUCCUUCGGGGAGCUUCUUGCAGAGGGUGUGGACAUCAUAAUCAACUGCACGGGGGUACGCGCAGGGGAACUACAACCAGACCCGGAGCUACAGCCAGGGCGCGGCCAAAUCAUAAAGGUCUUGGCCCCCUGGGUGAAGCAUUUCAUCAUAACUCACGACACUGAAUCUGGGAUCUAUAACUCCCCAUACGUUAUACCUGGGAGUAAGCUGGUGACCCUGGGAGGGAUAUUUCAGCUGGGAAACUGGAAUGAAGAAAACAGCCCCCAGGAUCAUAAAACCAUCUGGGAAAGGUGCUGCCAGCUGCUCCCGAGUCUCCAGAAAGCCAAGGCUGUGGAUGAGUGGAGCGGCUUGCGGCCAGUGCGCCACAGAGUUCGCCUGGAGAGGGAGACCAUUCAUCACGGACUUUCCAAAUCAGAGGUGAUACACAACUAUGGCCACGGGGGUUUCGGACUCACCAUUCACUGGGGCUGUGCCAUGGCCGCGGCAAGGCUCUUCGGCAGUAUUCUUCAGGAGAAGAAGCUGGCCAGACCACCACAGUCCCACCUCUGAUUUCACAGCAGCACCCUGGCCCGACUUGGGCGACCAUUCAAAAGCCAGUAGCACAGAGAAAAAACCCCAGCACAGCAAUAUGUACAUGCUUGCUCUUCAACACUCCCCACCACACCACCACUGCUCUGUACUGUAUCGUUUUUAGACUAUGCCAACUCCCUUUCUAGCACUGCUGUUUGCCAAACAUUGAGAUUCAGCCUUCCUCUGUUCUCCAUAAACGGCAUAACAGAUGUAUUAAAAGAAAGCUGAAGACGGUCCUUUGGCAAAGCACAUGUCUGGGUGCCCCAACUGUGAUGUUUCUAAUGCUCUCUAAAAGCAUUAACACUGUCUGGCAACUAACGCUAGCCCAUCUAAAGACACAUACCUUUGUGUAAGCUACUGUGCUACACCACAGAGACACUUAGGGCACUUCUAUCCACUAUCGUGUUUAGGUUCCAGAAACAGGGGGUCUUCAACUCCAGGAGGAGUAGGAGACUCUCCAUUUGCAGCUAACAAUAUAAGGCUUCUGACACACAGCAGUUGUUCUGUUUCCACCUGACAGAGGAAUGCAUGUCUACAUUAAACAUUUCACUGCAGAAAUUA